GUGUUCACAUCACCCACCCAGUUUGAAAAUACUAGCUGCUCAUCUCUGCCUUCUGCCUCCCUGUUUAUUCCCAUCAUCUCCAUGUUUACUUUCUACCAGCCACGUUAAAUAGAUUAUAGAGGAUUCACUUAUUUAAAGACUGCAGUUUAUUUUUGGCUCAUCCAAGAAUAACAAAAUACAGUGUUUGAGGGCUCCAGAAGGAUCAAAUUGAAGUCUGUUACCUUUGCCCCGUGGGACAGUGUUGUGUAGCAGAGCAGCAAGUCAGCCGGGGCUUAGUAGGUCAGCUCAGCAUUGUUUUUACCCUCUGUACCACUCGGCUGGGAUCACACUUCUAUCGGCUGUGCUCAGAGUUGCUACACCAAGAGGCUCCCUGCACAACUCCCAUCAUGUCUCUCAGGCUCCUGCCUUCUUCCCUCAUGGUCGACGAUGAUGAUGAUGAUGGUAACUUCACAAAAUGGAUGAGUAGUUACUGGGGUCACGGAGCAGAAGGUGGACACUCCAGAGACAGGAAACGCAGUUUCAGAAGAUCUGCAAAAAUACACGGUGAUCGAAGAGCAUCACUCCCGACUGUGUCACAAUUAGAUGCCAUGAAGUUAAACAGGCUCCACACAGUGACAAUGGCAGCCACCCCGAGCCACAUCAAAAUGCGAGAGGAGAAGGGGGAGGUCCGGCCUCACCAGAGAACUCGUUGUACCUCCUCAGACGACAACAGCCGCUCCAAGUCAGCCAUCCCAGAGAACCGCAUCACCACUAUCCCAGAGCUCACAGAGUCUUUCCAGAAGAGACUUUUUCUCCGUGAUAAGAGGACCAUGUCUGCGUGUGGCCUCUCGUCGUGUCGCUGCUCUCCACGGAGCGGAGCAGCACUUCACCUCAUCCGGUGGGCAUCAGCUGAUCUCGGAGCCACGAAUGGUGACGACAAGUUGUGCCUGAUCUGUUAUGACGACAUGCGGAAGGGCGGAGAGGGAGUUCAAGAGCUGCACUGUGAACACCGCUUCCAUAAAGAGGAGGCUCAGAGGUUAGAGCAGUGUCGGCCCCGCAGCGGCAGUGAAGCAGUCGCUUGUCAGGUGAGGAGACUCUCGGAUGAGAGGAGGUAUUCAUCAGACGGGCCAAUCUCCAUGGAGAAGGAGCCGCACACACCCUGCCGUCAACUUUCCCUGCGUAGACAUCGCUGAUAUCAGUCGGUGGGAGGAGGUGACUCGUUGGUGUAAAAAUGGAGGAUUUUGCACCCAUGGGCCAAACAUCAGGAUUGUCUCCUGAACUUUUUACUUCUACAUGGUGUGACGUUCAAGUGUUAAAAUCUCAGGGCCUUGACUAUAGCUGACCUGAACCUGUAAAGCUGUCCUGUGGGCCCCUUCGCUAUGUCUGCUUUGGAGUGAUUACCACUCUUUCUCCUAAGUGUCAAAGGUCAAAUUUAGGAGGAUCUAGGAAUCAUAAUUGUAAAAACAUUUUAAAAAAUAUGAAUUUUUGCAAGAAUAUUUUUUUGUGUGGAAUUUUAGGAAAUUCUUAUUAGGAAAAACCUAAGGUAAUAUUUGAUUAAAAUAAAUGACCAAUGCUUAAAGUUU